UCAGACGGACGGUUGCACGCCAGCUAUCGUGUCACCCCAAUUGCUCGUUGUUCCGUUCAAGGAAAUAGGCACGCCAGGGCGGAUGGCAUCGUCAGAACUGGACGAUGUUUGUGUAGCGGAUGAGCCGCCGGAGCGCAAGCCAAAGAGGCUCGGAUUCAGAAUCAUGACAAUAGCGGCGGUUACAAUGACAACUGUUAAGACCAGGGUCGCUGCAAUUCGGCACCGCUUUUUCCAUAUCAGCCCGGGCUGGCGAAGGGUGUCUCGACAUCCGCAACAGUCACUGCUGCCUAUAAACCAGGCGAGUGGGAACAGAAAUCCGAUAAAGAAGCAAUACUUUUCAAACGCUACACCGUUGCUGUUCCUGUCGCAGCUGCUAUUGUUUUCGGUAUCUUCUUGGUCUACGCUAAUUGCCGCGGCUGAUAAAACAGCGCUGUCGGCCUCCGGAUCUCCUCUUCGCCUGUCAUCCAUAAAUGAUAUCUUCGUCUUAGGUCUGGUUUAUCGUGCGUGCGUAAGUGUGCGCACCAUCAGCAUCGCCACAUGGAGUGCUCGAUUUAUAUAAUCAUGGCUAUGACAAAAAAUCACUGAUCCGCGAAGACACCCAAAAAAAAGGAGCAUAAACUCGGUAAUGUUGAUGCAAUCGAAAGCUG